GAAGAAAAAAGUGAAGAACGGAAUAGAGACGUGAAUGGCAACAUGGCAGCCAGAGCAGACGACUUUCUCGAAUCGCUUCUCACUGACGCUUUUAAGGGGAAAGGAUUUCAGAAAAUAAGCGAACUGCUUCAGGAGAGAGAAAUAGAGCCUCCCCAGAAAUACAGCAAAUCUCUCUUCAACCAGCUAGACAAAGCACUGAGAAAGGAGCUGGACAAGAAUGAAUUCCAGAACGUUUCGCUGCUGCUGAAAUGUAUUCAGCUCUACCUUAAAAGUGAUCUCCAAGAAGGGACGAGUUUGUUUAUUGAGCAAGGACUGGUUUUAACUGAUUCUUUUAAUUUUUACCUGGUGUCUUGGUUUAGAAGAGCAAGAGCAUUUGUGAUCCUCCUUGACCCAAACGAAAAUAAAUUUUUGAUGUUACUUCUCGAAGACUUCUUUGACUCUGCAUUGGUGAUUUGCAGGUGUAGUAAUGAAGGGAAGAAAGAGCUGGUGAAUUUAUUUUUACCUGAACUAGGGCAUCUAGUGACAGAAGCAAAUAUUUGCUGCGCUCUGCGGCAGGAGGCUUUGCGGACUCUCAACUCUAUACUUGACAGUGUCCCGCGGGAGGAGAGAAAGAAAUUCCCUCUGUCUGAAGAGAUGUGCUCACUCACGAAAGACCUUGCAAAAACUAUACUGGAGGUUGGUGAUUAUGACCUUCAGGUUGCCCUUUCAGAAGCACUUUGUAGGUUAAUGACAAAAAAAUGGAGGGAUGACCUUGUUCACCACUGGUUUGAAGAUAACUAUCUUGCUGAAGCUUUCAAAGAGAUCAAGGAUAGAGAAUUUGAGACGGACUGCAGAAAAUUUCUUAACCAGCUAAAUGAAAGGCUUGGGGAUGAAAGAAGAGUCUAUUCAUUUCCUUGCAUAUCUGCUUUUGCUGACACGAACGAGGUGAAGAAGCCAUCGGAUGAGAAGCUGGAGGAGUUCUGGAUCGACUUCAACACCGGCAGCCAGAGUGUGACUUUCUAUGUGGACAGUAAUGAGGGUGCUCUUUGGGACUCUGUGAGGCUGUCGAAAGAAGCAGUCAGCAGUUACAGCCUGAAGGAGGAUGAUGGAAAAAAGAUUGUUAAAAUUUACAUGAAGAUUCCUGCUACUUUUAACAAAACGGAAGCAACGAAAAUCAAAAUAUCUUUCAGUGCUGAGUUUGAAAUCUUAAGUAUACUUAGAAAAGUCCUGGGAGAUGAAAAAAUGAUGCAAAAGCAGAUAAAGCGUUUAAUAGUAGCUCCAGAGGGUGAAGCUGUAGUUUCCUUGCCUCCUUCAGCAAAAAAGUCCAAAACUCCAUCUCCAAGGAUGAAAGCUAAGCCUAGUGAGAAGCCCCUAGAAGAAGAACCCAUGGAGGAUUCAACACCAAGGAUAAGAAUGGGAAACCUUGAUGCAGGACUUCAUCGUUACUACAAGUUCUGCGUUUUAAGACCAAAUAACCUGAUGCGGAAAGAAAUCUAUGACUUUGAAAACUCGGACUCUGCAAGUCAUGAAAAGGAGUUACGAAAUAGGAAACAAGAACGAGGAAUCAAACAAGCUCGAGAGAAGGCCGAUGAAACGCUCUCAGAGGAGCUUGAAAUGGGUCCGCUAUCACUUGAUGCGUCUGCCAAGGACUAUUCCAGUGAUGAGGAGAAGGCCACGCAGAAGUUUCAUGAUGCAUCUGGCAAAUUGUCAAGAGAAGAAGAAAGUUUUGAGCGGAAGGACUCAGAUAUAUUCAGCGGCACUGUCAUAAAAAAGCCUAAAUUUUCCAGUUGGGAAACAAGUCAUUUGUCCUCUGACACUUCCUAUAAACCAAGGAAACUUUUUGAUUCUGUAGAGAAGGAAGCAGAGAUCCAAACAGGUCAGGAAAUGGAUGAUGGUGUGGAUGAUGCAUUUUUUUCCAAGAUGCUGCGUGAAGACUUCAGUGAUUCAGGGGUGAUUACUGCAUUUGAAAGCUUUAUCAGCCAACUAAAGAAAUUGUUCUGGUCCCGGUACAAAAGGAUGGAGACCAGUGCACAGAACGCCCUGAGGACUUCGGAGAAGAACGUGUCCGCCCUGCUGAGCAGGCUGAGUAAGUUGGAGACCUUCCAGAAGAUUGUUGUUGAAGAGCUUGCCAGUCUUGAGAAGGAAACUCAAAUCUUGGCAAACAUGGAGAAGGACGCAGUGGACUUCUGGAACACGCAGUUGCUCAAACUGAAUUCUUUUUGCAACCAGCAAAAGCAAAGAAUUCAGUCUGUUGACUCGGCCCUGGGUGAAACAGCAAAGAGUUUUGCCGACACCAUCCAGAAUACAACGUAUGAACGCCCAAUGAAGGAGGCAAUAGAAAACAACGUGUUCACUGUUCCUUCUGACUAG